AUGGAUUCACGGGAGCUGAGAGGAUCACUAACGUGUCUCGCACAGUCAUCCAGCGAUGAGAAGGUCUGCGUCCUGGCCUUAAGUACCUCAGUUCUCCAGCAGGUGAAAGGCUUCAGCGUUAGAGUACCCAAAACAGUUGUUGCUGAUGAAGGAACCUGUGUUGUGGUGCCAUGUCAGACAGAACCUUACAAUCGAGUUAUCUGGUACCAGUAUCAUAAUCUAAAGUAUCCUGUUGUUUAUGAUGGACUUUAUUCUAAUAACGUGGAACAGCAGUUCAGAGGACGCACCAAAGUAUCUGGCAAACCUGCAGAGGGAAACUGCACCCUGAAGAUUGACAAUGUGAGCACAGCUGACCAUAACCUACGUGUUUAUGUUUGGAUCAAUCCAGACUCUCAGACAACUCAGACAUUCCAUGAUCAAACUGUAACUAUCAGUGUUGAAAGAAAAGCUCCCAUAAUCUACAUACAGAAGCAAAUGGUGGAAGGGGAGAAUUUCCAGGCCAACUGCAGCAUAAUCUACUCUUGCCCUUUCUUACCUCCAUCCCUUCAAUGGAAUGCAAACACACUUCUGGAAAACUACACUUUUGUGGAUUUCCAUAUGGAGGUGCAUGGCCAGUGGUUCUACCAAAAGACACUGCGAGGAGUAGCAACAUAUCUGAUGCAUAACAGGAGGAUUCGCUGUUCGGCUAAGUUUAAAACCUUUACCAUGGGAAGUGAAAUGACACUCAACAUUUUAUAUAAGCCUGUCACUGUUACAGUGAAAAAGGAAAAGAAAGUUGUGGUGGAAGGUAACAGCAUCAACAUUGAGUGUGUUGCUAAUAGUAACCCCCCACCACACAAAUACUUAUGGUUUAUAAGACAAUUAGACCAGCACAAGAUAGAAAAUUCAACUCAGAGUACAAAGCAUUUCAACAACAUUGCACGAGAUACAUCUCUGUCCUGCAUGGCUCAAAAUGCUUUUGGAGUGCAACAGUCCGUCUGGGUGGAUCUGGAUGUUCAGUAUCGCCCUGUAAUCCUACCUGAGACCUCGUGCCACCUUACAGGAGACCUUCUGAGGUGUAUCUGUUUGGUUGAUGCAUCCCCUAAUGCUUCUAUAUACUGGAUUAUAAAUGGAAAUUACACCCAUUUGUCCUCAUUCGCCUCUGCUUUGACAAAUAAGAAACAUGUAGUCUUUGGGGAAAUAAAGAUUAAAGUUAAAACCCAGACCAAUGUAUCAUGCACAGGCAGAAACCAACAUGGAAGUGACACCAAACAGAUACCUGCAGUCAGUUUGCCAGAAUCAUCCCCUUUGCUGUGGCUCAUGCUCCCAGGAAUGAUUUUCCUCUUUGGAUGUGCUGUUCUCAUUUACAGAAAAUAUCCUGUAAAGAGAUUAUUUUUUGGAGGAGGUCAUGUCCAGCAACAACAGAUAAACAACAUUUUUCAGCGCUCACAAAAUGAAGACACACAAAUACACCUACAGAGACCUGACAGAGACCUGGAGAUGGAAAGACUUUCCUGUGUUUAUGACAAUGAUUUCCUGGAAGAAAUGCAAAGAUCGGCGAGAUCUCAACACUACCAAAACAGUGAAACACUUCUCCAAAGCAAAAAUGAAACAGAGCCACUUGACAAGGUUUUACCACAGAAAAUACUCAUUUCAAGUGUAAAGCAUAUGAAAUCACACUACAUGUAUCAGAUUGGAAGUUGAUGUAGAUCUUGACACAUAUAAUCAAAUUGCUCAAAUCCGACUGUAUAGUUAUGUUAUGCUAUUGUUUUUUUUUAACUAUUGUAAUUUCUCAAACAUCUAAAAGUAGUAAAAUUAUAUAUUUUACUUCCCACAAAAUUUGUAUUGCAACAUGAGGGUUUAUCUGGAGUAAUGACCAGAGGGAAUUUGCUGCUGUCUCACACAGUGGGUUCCAUUGUUGUUGGAGCAAUAUAGUCUACUUGCAAUGCAUAUUAGAGUGACAUACUUUUGUACUCUCAGUUUUCUCUUAAGCAAUUCUGUUAGACUUGUCACUGUUAGACUAGACUUUGCUUUGCCAAAGCAUCAGUUAUAUUUUUGAACAUAUACAUGUCUAUCUUUAUUUCCUGUUGCAAUCUUAACGUGUUAGUGUUCCUAAUGCUAACAAACAAGGAAAUCAAUAUUUAAACAACAGAAAACUGAAUUGCAAGCAGAAGAAUACUUGUUCUUUACUCCACUGCAAAACUGACAAACAUCUAUAAUCAUGCCAA